GCACACAGGGAUGUAAAAAUUUUCUACUGCGUCGCUUCUUUUCACAUUUUUUUAAACCCCUGCUUGGAAGCACCUAUUAAUUAUAUAUUUACCUGGCAUAUAUUACUUUGUAUGAAUUAAUAUGGCGACGUGCAUUCCAUUUCAAACACAGUUAUCCUCAAUAAUGGAGGUUCUGGUGAAGGCAGCAGUGGCAGAGAUAUCCAAACUAGUCGAUGACAAAUGUGCGUUUCUGCAUCUUGAAAUAUCCCGAAAGCAGAGCGAAAACGAGAUGCUGAAGAGGAAACUGCUCAUGAUGGAGAGCAAAAAUGCGCAGCUGCAGCGAGGAUUUGAAAACUACAUGGACAGAGGAACUGAUGUAGGGAGCAACUGUCCGCACCCUGCAGGAGAUAUGAAGUUUCCUGAGAUUGAAGAUGCCACUGUUUCCUUCACUAUUAAAGAAGAAAGUCCAGAUGAGGCGCUAUGGAUCAGUGAUUCUGCUGGACAGAUUGGUUCUGCUGUUCCGUACUCUAAUGCAGCCAGUGCUCCAGAGAACCAGCGGUUUGAAGAGGGCCACCAGUUAACCCAUCCAGAGGUUGCCAGACAGAAGCCGUCAGAGUUCAGUGACUCAUUUAACUCUGCUCAGCAUGCAGUAGACAUCAGUGGCCUUCAGUUCACAGUGAAGACAGAGAAGGAGGAGGAUCGAUUGGCAUUCAGGCAGGAUGGAUGCCAGCACAAUGUGGGGAAGCAGACUCAACUUGCUGCUGAAUUUUCAUUGGAUGAAAGGGAGAACCACAUUUGGUCAUCCAUAAUUGAAGGCAAUGACAUUGACACUGGUUUCCCUGACUUCUCUAGCGUAGUAGAGGAGUAUUCCAACACAUACCCGGACCAUUCAGAUCCAAAUGUAGCUUCUAACCCGAGCAAGUCCACCAGCGUCCAGCAGUUGUCCUCUCAGAGGCUGUGCAAUGGCCUUUACAACAGUGAGUAUCAGAAGGAUGUUCCACAGUCAUCAGAUUUUCAACCCAGGUCACAGGCUCCACCGUUGGAGCAAGACAAGCAGAAGGAACAAAUUUACCCGCAGAGAAACGUGUCGCACGCCACUCAUCUGAACCAGCUAGAUGACAACCCUGAGAGAGAGACUGCCACCGAAGAUGGGCCAGUUGUAACCCAGUCGCACAACACGUUCACACCAAGCAGCUUUAACCCUCACGGCCUACACAAACCCCUCUCCGGGAUGGCCCGAUGCUACUCGUGCUCGCAGUGCGGAAAGUCGUUCAGCCGCCUUCACCAGUUCAAGCUGCACCAGCAGAGCCACAAGAGGAAGCGUGCGUUUUGGUGCACCGUGUGUGGGAAAAGCUUCCAGUGCUCGUCCCACCUCAGCAUACACCACCGGACUCACACGGGAGAGAAGCCGUACGGCUGCGGACAGUGCGGGAAGAGGUUCACGCAGCAGAGCAGCUUAAGGGUCCACCAGCGCACACACAGUGGGGAGCGGCCCUACAGCUGCUCACAGUGCGGAAAAACUUUCAUCCUCAUGCACCAUUUGAAACGGCACCGAAUCAUUCACACGUACAGCUGAGAUGGAGCGUGUGUGUGUGUGUGUCUGUGUGUAUGCGAGGUUCGGGUGAAAGAUGACUGAGAUGUCUGAGAAUCAAAAAUCCAGUGAAUGGCAGCUUUUUUUUUUUUUUUUUUUUAACCGUAUGGCAUUAAUGAACAACUUUGUAUAUUAGUGCAUAUUUUACUAUGCAAAAUCCAUCUGCGUGGAUAUCAACAUGUUUGCUUCUUUUUAAAUACAUGUCUUAAAAUGAUCAAAAUGUAAAACUGACCUGCACCCUCAUUCACGCAUUUGUGAAACACUUCCAAAGCUAGAACUCCAAAAAAAAAAAAAAAAAAAUUAAAAAAAAUUCAAAAAAAUAACCAAGCUCUUAAAAUGUUGAGUCAUCAUAUAAAUCCAGCUUUGCUCUUAUUGUUACCUGCAUAUGUGCAGAUCUACUCUCACUUCCUGUUUGUUUUUGCUUCUCGCGUAGAUCUGGGGCUUAUCUCUUCUCUGUACUGAAACCUUAUAAGCACAAGAUGGUCAUUACCCCAGCCACGGUGACAAAGAGGUUUUCCAUUGAAAUCCAUUGAAACCUGUCACAGGUUUGUGCUUUAAUGCCGGAAGUGAAAAGCCUACCUGACUAUUCCUCUCUUACAUUUUCCAUGAAAAUUCUCCCGUAAACCCUUUGCUCUUUGUUAUGCUUUAUAUUAAACGAUUUGUCAAAACCA